AUGCCAAAACCAGAAGAUUUUGGUAGUUACAACGGCAAUCGCCUUAUAGAUGAUGAGCUUAAGUAUGUUGUGGAAGAUCAGCUAAAGGAAAAUAAAAGACUUAUGGCGAUGAUAACAGAUGAGCAAAGAGGGGUUUACAACGAGAUUUUGGAUGCAGUUUUAAAUGAUAGAGGUGGAGUGUUCUUUCUUUAUGGUUAUGGAGGCACAGGUAAAACCUUCGUAUACAGAGCAUUCUCAUCAGCAAUCCGAUCUAGACGUAUGAUUGUUCUAAAUAAUGCAUCCAGUGGAAUUGCUGCAUUAUUGUUGGAAGGAGGUAGAACCGCACAUUCCAGGUUUGGUAUUCCGAUAGAUGCAGACGAGUUCACUACUUGCAAGAAAAUGGAGCUAGGAUCAGAUCGUGCAGAAUUAGUUAAAGCAGCAAAUCUAAUUGUAUGGGAUGAGGCGCCUAUGAUGAGCAGACACUGUUUCGAGACGUUGGAUCGUUCUAUGCGUGAUUUUAUAAGAUCUUCUGAAGACAAACCUUUUGGGGUUUUGAAGCUAACAAAAAACAUGAGAUUGCUCGCUGGUCUUACUGAUGAUGCAGCAAAAGAGCUUCAAUCCUUCUCAAAAUGGAUUUUGGAUGUUGGAGAUGGAAAAAUAAAUUUGCCUAACGACGGUCAAGUUGAGAUUGACAUCCCUUCUGAUUUGUUGAUCAAAAAUAUAGGAGAAGAUCCUAUUCAGACUAUUGCAAAGGAGGUUUAUGGACAAGCUUUUCAAACCUCAGAAGAUAAGGAUUUUAACUUUUUACAUGUCGCUAGAGUAAAGGAUUUACACAUGCUUUCAGGUGAAGACAAGGUUUACCUUAUCUCUGACAAUAUAAUCCCAUCCGAUGUUGAUGUAGAAGAAAAUGUGGUAUAUCCAACAGAGUUUUUGAACAGUGUUAAAGUGGCAGGAAUGCCUAGACAUAAUUUGAAGCUGAAGGUUGGUGCUCCUAUUAUGUGUCUCCGUAACUUGGAUUUGGCAGAUGGCUUAUGCAAUGGUACUAGGCUAAUUGUUACUCAGUUACUCCCCCAUGUAAUAGAAGGUAGAAUUACAACCGGAAACAGUAUUGCCGGAGACAAAGUCUGGAUUCCUAGAAUGUAUGUCAGUCCACCUGACACAAAGUUUCCCUUCAGAAUGCGUCGAAGACAGUUUCCCGUUACAUUGGCUUUCGCGAUGACCAUCAACAAAAGUCAAGGUCAAACACUAGAAAGUGUUGGUUUGUUUUUGCCUAGGCCAGUGUUCUCUCAUGGUCAGCUCUACGUUGCACUUUCAAGAGUUAAGUCGAGAUCUGGAUUAAAAAUCCUAAUAACUGAUGGGUGGUGA